UCUCCACAGAGAAACAGAGCAGCAGAAAGAGUGAGGGGUAAAGGUACGUAGACGGGUAUGUGUGGAAGAUAGAAAGGAGUAAAGAAAGAAGGAAAGAAACGAUCAAAACAAAGAGAAAGAAAGAAGGAAAGAAUAAUGGAGCCCAGAAGUGGAGAACGUGUAGGAAUGGAGCUGAAUAAGCUGAAAGACUGUGAGAAAGGUAAAGACUGUUUGGACGUUGUGGUCAGUGAUGAAGACCACGAGAAGGCCGGUGGUCGUUUGGACGUUGUGGACGGUGAUGAGGACGCUGUGCUGCUCUGGGUUCCCAGUGGCCGUAGACUCAUCUCAGGGCUUCUGGGGCUGAAUGUGGUGCUGCUGGGCGCCGCCCUGGUGGCCGGAGACGCUUUUCACCCUGCAGGCUUACAGCACCAGGAGCCAGAGGUGUUCCUGCUGCUGCUGAUGGGGCUGAGCGUGGUGUGGAUGCUGUGGUACCUGCUGUGGGCACGCAGACGCCCUGGAUUACCCCCUCACACUGACCACCACGCAGGGGGCCCCACUGUCACAGUGGUGUUAAUGCUGUUUGCAGGAUUCAGUUUACUGCUCUGUGUGUUUAUGAUGGUUCACAGCAUCCUAAUGAAGGACUGUCUGCCUUCUGCUAAAGUUCUUUUACCGUUCUUUCAAACUCCCUUCCUCGGCCUGCAGACGUAUCUGCUGUGGGCUCACUCCAAAGACUGCAUCCACAACCUCAGGAUCCUCACCAGGUCAGGGCUGAUGCUGAUUUUGUGCACAGAUAUCUUGUUAUGGUUGAGAGCAGUAACAGAAGAUUCCAUUCACAUGGAGAUCGAGAUCGAGAAAGAGUUCAAGCGACGCAUCUUCAGAGCAGAGUUAGAUCUGGACGACGGCAACGCCACAGACUGCCACUGUGGCAGACAGCCUGUGUGCCCCGCUCUGCGGAAAGGCUACGAGGUCCUGUACCCGUUUAACAUGGAGUUCAGCCUGCUGGCAGGCUGCAUGCUCUACGUCAUGUGGAAGAACGUGGGACGUCACACGACUGCCACUCACUCCCAAAAAAUCACCCUGCGUAUUGUGCGCUAUGGAGGCGUCCUGCUUGGUCCUGUGCUGGGUUUGCUGGUGCUGAUCUCUGGGGUGGUCAUUUUCAUACUGUACCAGGUGUGGGUGGGGCAGCGAGGGAUGCGCAUCAAGGCCUUCAUGCUGUUCUAUGGGUUCCACCUGGGCGUGAUGCCACUCAUGGCUCUUUGCUCACUGGCAGGAACGGUGGUGUACCGGCGCAAAGAGAGACUACAGGGAAGGGAGCGGGGCAAGGGGAAAGAGGAGGAAGGGUCAGCUAAAAACCCAACUCGCAGUCUGGAUGUGCUCCUGCUGGUGGGGUCCGGCCUGGGCCAGCUGUUCCUCUCUUAUUUCUCCCUAGUGGCCGCUCUGGCUCCGGGACCCAGAGGCCUUCUGGGGAGUCUAGACCUGUCGUAUUCACUGUUCAGCCUGCUGGAGCUGGUGCUGCAGAACGUGUUUAUCAUCCAGGGACUGCAAGACCACAAACAAUCAAGCUUGCACACACACUCUGGUCAAAAGAGAGAAGAGAAGGAAACAUCAGAAGGAAGCAUUGGCUUUGAGAUGGAGAGGAGAGCGGAGGGUGGUGGAGUCGUGGAGGAGGCUGAGAGAAAAGCAUUCUUACAGGGAAGCAGUGAUGCUCCAGCGCCCCCUACUGGCACACCAGGACAUGACACUCACCUCUGGAGCAAGAGAGUGAUUCAGGAGAUCUGUGCCUUCCUCAUCUUGUCCAACAUAAUGUUAUGGGUGAUUCCAGCGUUCGGUGCCCACCCGCAGUUUGAGAGUGGAGUGGGGAAGCAGUUUUAUGGUUUCUCCGUGUGGUUCGUGUUGGUGAAUCUGGGCCAGCCGCUCAUUGUCUUCUACAGGAUGCACUCAGUAGGAGCUCUGAUGGAGCUGCUCAUCUUAGCAUGAAAACACCCGACUGUUUCAACCCUAUAUACAAUAAAAACAUAGUACUGUUUAA